CGUGUUUCGCGAAAACCGCUUUGCACACCUUGAAGUUUUGCAUGUUCAACUGGACUGGAAUUCCAUUCGCAUUGCCCAGCCUAAGGCUGAGCCUUGACUGGUUUGCCUCCAGCCUCCAAAGAGAUUCAAGCCCUGCUGCCAGUCACAGGCUGCCUCAGCGCAUGCGUGGUUGAGGCAAUCCCACAAUCCACGUCGUGCGUCGGAGCUGCUGCACGCCGGCCUAUUACAGCUUCAACAGCGCCGCCGAAACGCCUGCUUCGACGUCUACGCUCAGAGGACUUGCUUCGCUAAAAACCGUGGCUCCUGUUACAUACAUGUAGGAAGGGCUUUUCACACCGCAGCACCGCGCGGUAAUAGCUUGCCGUUGGCGUUGCCCCCAUACCCGUCGCGGCACUGCGGCGGUGAGGGUGCGUUCAGUGCCAGUCAGUGGCGGCGCCGCAGCUCUCCGCUAUGCGAUGCCGGGACCGGAAGCACACAAGUCGAGGCAGAGCCGAGGCAGCCAGUCUUUCUUUCCCCAGUGAGUUUUACGCGCCCCGUCGCUCCUUCAACUGACCGACUGUUUCGCGAUCAAGCCAGCGGUCGCCACUCGCUGCUCCAGGCAGUUCAAGCCUCAGUCAAGAAAUUCCCACGUCGAAUGGAAAGCAGUCGGAGCACAGCCACACGCCCCGAGUCCUGCCCCCGCCCCCGCUUUCCUCUUCGUUCGGAAGCCUCUUUCCGCGGUCUACCAGUGUCCGCUCCGUUCGAGCGUAUCUGGGAUUAAGCGCAUUCGCUUUAUCUGUUCGUCCAAGCCACCUCCAAGUUCCUCUCACACACACACAUUCCAACAACCGUCGUCAUGAAACGUAACUUCGGAUCACUUAACCUCGCGGCGUUGGACCUGAAUAGCCCAUUCCAGUCGGGCGCCGACAGCACCGAGUGCAGCCUUGCAGACCGGUUCUCGGCGUUGGACCCCAGCGCAGAGGACUGCAGCAUGGACGCCAGCGGCUCCGAAUACAGCAGCGAUGAGAAUGUAGGCUUCCCUCUGGAGCGUAUGGAUACGCUGCAUGGAGACGUGCACUCGGCGUCGCAGUCGCUCCGUGACGAUGUCCUGCAAGACAUGGAUCAGGACAUGGAGGACGUCAUGCCCGAACUCACACUGCCCACUCAAAGCCAGUCGGCCAGCCGGUCACGCAGCGAGAACGGUGACGCGAGGGUAAGCCGGCUACAUUCAUCGAUGUCCGAGAUUCCGCAGCACCCCCAGGACCAGCACCACGUGGAGCUGAACGCAUUGAGGUGUCUGAGUCUCAAGAUGAUGCUGUCCAACUUGUCCACGUCCAGCAAUAACAACAACAACAACAACAACAACAGUACCAACGCCUCCGUUGUGUCCAACAAGCCUAGCUACUCAUAUCCUGGCGUAAACGACCGCGCCAAGACGGCACUGCUGCCAAUCCGCCAGCCGUCGCUGCAGAGCGUCUAGAUAUCCACUACUACACCAUGGCCUUUAAGGCCUUUCCUUAAUUUACCCUAACGUAAUAGUACGCAUUAUUGUAUUGGAAGGUGGCGCCCCCGACGCGAGCACCAGGAGCGGCAUUCUCACUGAGAAUCUCACGAUGCGGUUCAGUCCGCCA